GGAAAGAUGGCGGCGGCUGCGGUUUGAAUUCCAGCGGCGCCGCCGGAGUCCGAACAAGAGCUGGAUUGGAGGGGGCGGGGACCUGGGGAGCCCGGCGGGUCGCGACCGCGUGGGGAGCCCGUCGUGCCGCGGCCACAGACACCAGUGCGGCCACCUCCUCCGAGCCCGUGAUGGACUCGGUGUUGGAGGAGGACGUCACCCUCCCCGGGACGCUCAGCGGCUGCAGUGGCCUUGUUCCCAAGUUACCCGAUGACCUGCAUGGCGUCAGCCCCGGUGCUGGUUUGGGAAACGGUGUGCUCCCAAAUGCAUCAGAAGAAACGGUGUCUCCCACCAGAGCACGGAACAUGAAGGACUUUGAAAAUCAAAUCACUGAGCUGAAGAAAGAAAACUUUAACUUAAAGCUUCGCAUCUAUUUCCUUGAGGAGAGAAUGCAACAGGAGUUUGAUGGCCCCACUGAGCACAUCUGUAAAACGAACAUCGAGCUCAAGGUGGAAGUGGAAAGUCUGAAGCGGGAGCUCCAAGAGAGAGAGCGGCUCCUCAUCAAAGCCUCCAAAGCAGUGGAGAGCCUUGCCGAAGGGCGCAGCUCUGAAGUCCGGCGCGUGAAAGAGGAUGCUCAGAGGAAGGUGCAGCAGGUCGAGGAUCUCCUGACCAAACGAGUGUUUCUCUUACAAGAGGAUGUGAAAGCCGCCCAAGCAGAACUGGAAAAGGCCUUUGCAGGGGCAGAGAACGAGAAGGCUCUCCGGCUGAGCUUGGAAAAGCAGCUUUCAGAGAUGAGGAAGAUGUACAAGGGGGACUCGGACGCGGCUCGGACCCUGGAGGACAGAGACAGACUGAUGGAGGAGGUGUGCAAAGAAACUGUAAUUCUGUGCCUUAAAGGACAGAAAUCUCAGGUGGUGUCUGUUGAUGAGAAUGUGUCAUCUGGAGAGCUCCAAGGACUUUCUGCUGCUGUGAGGGAAGAAAAGGAGAGAGAAACUGAGGCUGCACAAACGGAGCGCCAGGAAGAGAAGAAUCGCUUUGAAGAGAGGAUCCAGGCACUUCAGGAGGACCUGAGAGAGAAGGAAAGAGAAAUUGCUACGGAAAAGAAAAACAGUUUAAAGAGGGAUAAAGCCAUUCAGGGUCUAACCAUGGCAUUAAAGUCAAAGGAAAAAGAGGUUGAAGAACUUCACUCUGAAAUCAAAGAGCUCAAUGCUGCCUUUGCGAAAGCCAGAGAGGCCCGCCAGAAGACCCAGGAGUCUGAAGAUUAUGAGGCCGCUCUGCUGGAAAAGGCAGCCCUUUUGGCUGAGCUGCACUCAGAAAACCUCACCAAGAGUGCAGAGAACCACAGCCUGCGUAGAGACAUGAAGAAGGUCACCCAGGAGCUGAGUGACUUGCAGCAGGAGAAGGAGAGACUGGAGAAGGACCUAGAGGCAGCCCGCCGGGAACAGAGCAGAGGAGACGGCACCAUCCCUGACCUCAGAAAUGAAGCUGAGAAGUUACGCAACAAAGUGAAUGAAAAAGAGAAAGCAGUGGAGAAUCAUUACAAGAGUCUGUUGAGUGAAAGUAAUGAAAAAUUGUACAGUCAAGGGCAAGUGAUCAGAUGUCUAACAGGAAGUACCAGUCACGCGGACGAGGACUUGUUGCUUCAGAAAUUCAAUGAGAAAGAUUCGGAGGCAAUACAGCAGAAUCGUUAUUUAAUGACUGUGGAGGAUUUCAAGUUCAGGAGUGAAGACUUAAUAACAGAAAAGUGCUCUUCUCAACUGUCACCAGGCAGCGAAAGCGUCUCUGAGGAAAAGCAACAGCUAAACUAUGAAGAGCUGAUUCAGGUCUUAAAGAAAGAGCGUGACAUCUAUAGCCACCUGGUAAAAUCUCUGCAGGACUCAGACAGUGCCGACAACCUGCAGGCUGAGUUAGACAACGUUCAGGCCCUGCGGAGGCAGCUGGAGCAGGAGGUGCUGUCGUAUCGGAACUUGCAGAAGAUGCUGGAGGAGCGGAUCAGUGAAGUUCAGAGGCGGGAAGUGGAAGAACCAUUUUCAUUUUAUAGUGAUCAAACAUCUUAUCUGAGUAUUUGUGUUGAAGAGCACAAUCGAUUUCAAGUGGAGCAGUUUUCUCAAGAAGAACUUAAGAAAAAGGUCAGUGACCUUAUACAGCUAGUGAAGGAACUCUAUACAGACAACCAGCACCUGAAGAAAGCCAUUUUUGAUCUCUCCUGCAUGGGUUACCAGGGGGAUGACAGACUCGAGUCAGUAAAACAAACAGAGCUUCCGGCUAGCGAGGAAGUCGAGGACACGAUCAAGAUCGGAGAGGAUGACGAGAGUAAUUUCCCAACUGACCAGCAUUUGGAGCAGAGUGACAAGAUUGUGGAGGACUGUUCCAAAGGGGGCUGCAAAAAUGGAUACUUCAGGCACACAGAUUCCAGUAUUUUAGACUCCGAUGGAGCCCACACACCUGGCUGCCCUGGAGACCCGAGUCUGGAGGAAGGCGAGCUCCUGAGCCUGCUCGCCCCUUUCUUCAGCGAGAAGGCCACGUUGUUACUGGAAUCCAGGCCAGACCUCCUGAAAGGGCUGUGUAAACUGCUUUUGGAACCAGUAUGCUUGACAGAGGAGGAAGUUUCCGGAGAACACCUUGAUGGUAAACCUGAGAAGGCACUUAAGCAGAUGGCUGUUCAGCUAAGAGGUGAACUCAGACAUUGCAUCCAAGCCAACUCAUUUUCCAAGCCACAUGAUGAACUGAAGUCACCUUGGGGAGCCCAGCCAGUAAAGGCAGCAGGACCGUCCAAGCCGGAGCUGAAGGAUGCCUCGGUGCAGACCAUGGCCACGGAGGGCGACACGCUUGGAUUCCAACACGAAGGCAAGAGAGAGGCCUGGGAGCAGAAGCUGACAGCUGCCACCCUCGGCACCGAGCAGCAGCCGGAGAACUUGAGCUGGAUGCCAGGGCGGCCGGCCACUCCCCCUCCCCUCCCCAGCGGGACUGACAAAGAUGCUAAGAAGUCCCGUUUGCCCAUCCUAAUAAAACCAUCACGGUCAGUAGGAAGUGUCUGUCAGCUCCCUGCCACGCCGGAGCUGGUGGCCCAGCUGCAGGGCCAGAUCUUGGAGCUGCAGGGGGAGCUGAAGGAGUUUAAAGCUCGCAAUAAGCAACUUCACCAAAAGUUAAUUCUGGCUGAAGCCAUGAUGGAGGGGAGGCCAGUGCCAGACAAAACGCUACUGAAAGACUCUGAAAUUUUCCAGCCCAACGACUGUGCCAUCGUGUCAACAUGCAAAGAGAAUCCUGAAGAUUUUCAAGGCCCAAUUUCAGCAGCUACUUACCUGAGUUCUGAGGGUCAACUUUCCACUAAAGGCAGUGUGAUUGGAACCGAUCGGCCUGAGAACAAUGAUACCUCAAACGAUACAGAAAACUUACAACAGAAAAUCUGUGACUUGGAAACGGAGCUCGAGGGCUACCGGAAUUUCAUACUUCAGCUUCAAAAGCACUCCCAGUUCAGCGAGGCCAUUAUCACCGUUUUGUGUGGCACAGAAGGGGCCCAGGACACCUUGAAGAAGCCCAAGGGCACUGCUGAUGAAGAAGAAAUGACCUUUUCAAGUUUGCACCAGGUCCGUUUUGUGAAACACAUGAAAAUCCUCCACCCGCUGGCCCCAGAGAUGAUUGACGGCAGGAUGCUGGAGAGCCUUGAACAGCAGCUGGUGGAACAGGACUGUGAGCUGCAGAAAGAACAGCAUAUGAACAUGGAGCUUUUCAGUGAAGUCCAUAACAUGCAGAAUAAGCUCAGAGAUCUCUCGCCCUCAAGAUACAAUUCAUUAGUUCAGUCCCAAGCCAGGGAGCUCUCCCUUCAGCGGCAGCAGAUUAAGGAGAGCCACGGCGUCUGUGUCGUUUGUCGUCAACACAUGAACACUGUGAUGAAGGCGUUUGGGGAGCUGCUGCGGGCCAGCGACGUGGAUUACUAUGUGGCCGAGGGUUUCCGGGAGCAGCUGAAUCAAUGUGCCGGGCUGCUGGAGAAGCUGGAAAAGCUGUUUCUCAGCGGGAAAUCAGCUGGAGUGGAAAUGAGCGCCCAGAAUGAGCUGCUGGAGAGGACUGAGAAAGACAGCGUAAGCUGCCCCCGUAUCCUGCCUGAGUCUCCCCAGCCUUCAGCCUCUCACUCAUUGUCCGACUGUGAAAUGUCCGAAAAGUCCUCCUCCUCCCACCGAGACCAGAAGCAAGACAGCGAGACCGAGAAGACUUCAGUUCUGGCGAACAACUUUUCUCAAGACCUGCUAAUGGAGCACAUACAAGAAAUUCGAAGCUUGAGAAAACGUUUAGAAGAAUCUAUUAAGACCAAUGAGAAGCUUCGGAGACAGCUGGAACGGCGAGGGUCUGAAUUUGAUCAAGGUUCUGCAAACAUUUUUGCUUAUGGUUCAGAGCUGCAUAAUUCCCUGAUGUCAGAAAUUCGUUUCCUGAGGAAGCAGAACCAGGCCCUCAAUACAAUGCUUGCUAGAGGCUCCAGAGAUAAACAGAAGGAGAAUGAAAAAUUGCGCGAGUCCCUCUCCAGGAAGACUGCGAACCUUGAGCACCUCCAGCAAGAGUUGGCCUGUGUGAAGGGAGAGAACGAAAGGCUGCAGAAGGAGGCAGGCGACAAGGACAGGCAGAACCAGCAGCUGCUCCAGGAGCUGUGUGGCAGCCGCAGCCAGCUGAGCAGGGUGCAGGAGGAGGUGCAGUGGAGGCAGCAGCUGCUCGCCCAGAACAACAGGCUGCUCCAGUCGCUCCGAGUGGAGCUGAAGGUGUUUGAGAAGCUGGAUGAGGAGCACAGGAUCCCGAGAGAGUCCAGAGCAGAGGCGACGGGAGAAGGCUGGCAGGGGCAGGACCCUGCCAGUGACCUGCACGGCCUCCUGACAGAGGUCCAGGCUCUGCGGGCACAACUGGAAAGGAGCAUCGAUACCAACAGCGCGCUGCAGAGCAGGCUGGAGGAGCAGCUGGCGAACGGGGAGAAGAAGGCGCAGGAAGCAGCACUCACUAUGGCUCUCCAAGCCCUCCCUGCCCCUGAGCGGCCUCUGCAGCUCCACAACCAUGGUGGUGACAGAUGUCCCGUGGCAACUGAUAAUUCAUAUGCUUUGUUUGGUUCCACCCUGGCAGUGACACCGAGAUCAGCUUCACAGAGUCCUCUGCUCUCUGCAAAUGACUUGGACUCUCUUUCCUGCGUCAGUGUCAGCUCGGCCACCAGCACCCCAUGCACGUCCCAUCUGGUCCCUGGCCACCACCUGUGGGCCAGCAAGAGUGGGUGUCACGUCCUGGGCUUGAUUGAGGACUACGAUGCCCUCUGUAAGCAGAUUGGCCAGGGCCAGAAGCUCCUUGCUGAGAUGGACACUCAGAUCCAAGAGGCUCCCAGCUCCAAAAGCCAAGAGCUAGAAACAAAGGGUCUGCACUCAGCGUCCCUGAGCAGGUUUGUCACCAGCGUGAACACAGCCAAGCUGAUUCUGGAAGAGGCAGCGAGGUUACUGACGCUUCUCUGGAGGGUGUCACUCCCCACACAUGGCCAGUGCACACAUCACUGUGAGCAGACUGGAGAAAUGAAGGCAGAGAUCACCAAACUGCAGAAAAAAUUGUUUGAACAAGAAAAGAAUAUGCAAAACACCAUGAAGCUUUUGCAGCUGAGCAAGCACCAGGAAAAAGUCAUCUUUGAUCAGUUGGUUGUAACCCACAAAAUCCUUCGGAAGGCCAGAGGAAACCUGGAGUUGAGGCCCAUGGGUGCCCAUCCGGGAACAUCCAAUCCUAGCAGACCGGGCUCCUGAGGACAGCUUGCAGCCAAUAAAGCUUGUGUUCCCCACUGA